GGGAAGGGGGACACGAUGGGGUGGUGUCCAAAACCGUCCUGCGAACUGCCUCGCAGUUCGGCUCUGCUUUUCCCCCUUUCCUCCCCUCGGAGCGGAGGCGGGGCCGGGGGCUGCCUGACGCGACCGUCCCCGGCGGGGAGCUCCGGAGCCCCCCUCAGCCUCAGCCCCGGGCAUGGCGCCCGCCCCGGGGGCCGGGCAGGGCCGGGCCGGGCUCGGCGGCGGCUCAGCCCCGCGGUGGGGACGGCGUUAGCCCGGCCCUGCCCGUCCCCGCCCGUCCCGCCCAGCCGGCCCCCCGCAGCAAAUGACCCGCCAUGGAGGCGCGCUGGCGCUGCCCAGAAGUUUGGAGGCAGGGGAGCGGGCAGCGGCUGCCUGCGAGGGGACGGCGGGAGCCGGCGCCCAGCCGCAGGCGGCGCAGCGGGGCGGCGGGCGGGCAGGAGAGAGUGGGCUGCUGCUGGCAGCUCCAGGAUGAAGUCGCCUCCCUGCUGCAUGUCUCUUUCUUCCCAAGCGUCCCUGGAGGAACAAGGGAACAGCACGUCCCUGGGCUCCCUGGACUCCAGCGUGUUCUCCAGUGAGGAAGAGCAGGGGCCCCUGCUGCAGAAGGCCAUCCCCCCCUUGGACUGCUUUACGAUCAAUGUAGGAGGCAGCCGCUUUGUGAUGUCCCAGCAAACUUUGUCUUGCUACCCUGACACCCGUCUUGGCAAACUGGCUGUAGUGGUCUCUGCCGCCCGGGAUGUGGCCUCUGGCCUCCUGGAGCUUUGCGAUGAUGCCAACCUGGUGGAGAAUGAAUAUUUCUUUGACCGGAGCUCACAGGCGUUUCACUACAUCCUGAAUUACUACCAGACGGGGAGGCUGCAUGUGAUGGAGCAGCUCUGCGCGCUCUCCUUCCUGCAGGAGAUCCAGUACUGGGGCUUGGAUGAGCUCAGCAUCGAUUCCUGCUGCAGAGACCGGUACUUCAGGAGGAAGGAGCUGAGUGAAGCCCUAGACAUCAAGAAAGAUGCAGAAGAACUGGAUGCCCAAGAUGAGGAAGAGGACUUUUCUGGUAGCCUCUGUCCUAAUGUCAGACAAAAACUUUGGGAAGUUUUGGAAAAGCCUGGUUCCUCCGCAGCAGCCAGGACUUUUGGCACUCUAUCCAUGGCUUUUGUUGUUGUGUCCAUUGCCAACAUGGCUUUGAUUUCGGUAGAGCUAAGCUGGCUGGCACCACCACUACUGGAUGCCCUAGAGUAUCUGUGCAUUGCAUGGUUCACUGUGGAGUUUGUUCUGAGGUUCCUGUGUGCACGGGAUCGGUGUCGCUUCCUAAGGAGCGUGGCAAACAUCAUCGACCUCCUUGCCAUUUUACCUUUCUACAUUACCCUGCUGGUAGAGAGUCUGUGUGGUGGGGAGAGCUCCCAAGAACUGGAGAACGUGGGGCGCAUUGUGCAAGUGCUGAGACUGCUCAGAGCCCUGCGGAUGCUGAAGCUGGGAAGACAUUCAACAGGCUUGCGGUCCCUUGGAAUGACUAUUGCACAGUGCUACGAGGAGGUUGGCCUUCUUCUGCUUUUCCUGUCUGUAGGGAUCUCUAUAUUUUCCACUGUGGAGUACUUUGUUGAGCAAGGUGUGCCAGGCACAACUUUCACGAGCGUACCGGGUGCUUGGUGGUGGGCAACAACUUCCAUGACAACUGUUGGUUAUGGUGACAUUAGGCCAGACACCACUAUUGGUAAGGUAGUGGCCUUUAUGUGUAUACUGUCAGGAAUACUAGUUCUGGCCUUGCCAAUAGCUAUCAUAAAUGACCGGUUUUCUGCCUGUUAUUUUACACUGAAGAUAAAAGAAGCUGCUCUCCGGCAACGUGAAGCUUUAAAGAGACUCACGAAGAACUCAUCCAGUGACUCAAAUAUCAAUGUGAAUUUACGAGACAUAUAUGCACGCAGUGUCAUGGAUAUGUUACGGUUAAAAAGCAGAGAGAGAGCAAGCACUCGGAGCAGUGGAGGAGAUGAUUUCUGGUUUUGACUUUUAAGUUAUUUAGCCUUGUAGAGCAAAUAGACUACUUCAAAAAUGUAGUACUAAGAAUCUCUUUUUUAUUAUUCACCACAUACUGUAUUUGCUUUUCCAUCUGGAGUUUGACUGGAGUUUGACAGACUGAUAUAGCCAGUGUAUACUAAGGAGGAAUUCAAAAUAUUAAAGCUCUCAAGGGGCUCAGAAACCCGAUCCCAGAACUGGAUCUUGGUGGGUGAGAGGGGAAAUAAUGUGUCCAUCAAAGUAAAGCAGUGACACAAACAUCUAUGAAUCCAAUGUCCUUGCUAAUGUAUAGUAAUAAAGUCUUAGCCAAAAUUGCUGUGAUGUUUUGAAUUUUGAAGACCUGUAAGAUUUGUAUAUACAGUAGAAAAACAAAAGUUCGAGACAUUAAGAAAAUCUGAAAAGAGAACUCUAAGGAAGUAGAAUGUUGAAUAAAUUUAUGAUGACAUUCCUAU